UGUCUUCUUAUUUCCCACAAAAGAAUUUGCUUUAUAUUAAUCCAAUGACUGCCUCAUCUACUGUGAUUGUCAAUCCUAUCACCACACACACUGCAACUGUUGUGUGGAUUCACGGCUUGGGUACAAGUAGUGCGAGCUGGUCGUCCUUUGUUGAACAGCUCUCUGAACAAUUCCCUCAUGUAAAAUGGAUCCUUCCCAACGCACCUUCUAUCCCAGUCACCUUCCAAGGAGGACAGCGCACAACUGCCUGGUUCGAUAUCAGAGAACUUGGUCUAAAGCUCACAAUCAAUGAGGAUCGUGAUGGCAUACUUGAUUCACUUGCCAAAAUUAACCAGAUCAUCAAAGACGAAGUCGACAGAGGAAUUCCCUCCAAUCGUAUUGCCGUCGGUGGCUUCUCUCAGGGUGGUGUACUAUCAUUAUUGACAGCCUUGACUUCCGAAUACAAACUGGCUGCUAUUUUCGGGUGCAGUGGAUGGAUUCCUAUAGCUGACACGUUAAAGAAUCUUUUAUCUGGUGCAAACAAAGAGACUCCUAUUCAGAUGUAUCACGGUGAUGCUGAUUACGAUAUUCUUCUUGAAGUUGAACAGAAUUCGUUUGACUUUAUUAAGCAGCUGGGCUAUAAUGUUCAACUCAAGGUCUUCCCCGGCAUGAACCAUUCCUUCUCACCCGAAGAGGCGUUGGAUAUUUCAAGCAUUCUGGAAAAGAACCUUGGUGCUAUUUAAAUAUGCUACCUAAUCAAAGGAUAGUUUAUACUAGAUAAUGUAGUGCUAUCGAGUAUGAUUUGUUUAUAUUAGAAAAUAAAAAGAAAGAAGACAAAGCU